AUGAACUAUCAAAGCAUUUUUUUUGUGAUUACAAAGGUUGCCGCAAAACCAAAAAUAAAAUUAGAUCUUUUGACAUGUAGACGUUUUUCGAAAUAUUGGUAUGUCGAACUCGUCUAUGCUGACAGAACUGACACUCUCCUGGAUUUGGGUGGUGUUGGUCAAACUAAAGGUGCAAUUGCCGAGAAGAUUCUCAGUGCCUACGGUACAAGUAAUCCACGUCUUAGAUUCUAUGUCAACGAUGCCUACGAUCUCUACUUUACAUUCCGUGACAGUAAUGGUGUGCUUUGUAAUCGUACUCUUGUCUCCAACACAGAUACUCUGACCAUUCCGAAUGUAGAUAUCGUACAGCCAAUAUGCCUCUAUACCAACGCCACAAUCACUGCUGCCAACAACACUGUUAUGCAAAUCAAGACCUACACCAUCGAUAGUUUCCAAGUUCCAACUACCUACAUAAAAUAUUCAAACACACCAACCUUUAACUAUUUGGUUAAUCUUAACGGUGCCUAUCUCCUUCAAUUCAGUAAGUCACCAACAUCAUCCGUCGUAGUUAAUUUGAAACUUGAGGCACAGAAUCCAUUGGUUCCUGUUAUCGGUUAUAAGGAAGCUGAAAUUGGAAAGAAUCUAACUAUGGUGGUCUUGAAUUCCGAGCUAUUUACUUCACUCCAAUUAUUUGAUUCCCAAAAAAUAAUUGUUAAUCCCAUUGAUUCCAACUCUUUCGAAGUGGUAAACCAAAAGCAAUAUACACUCUAUGCUGUCUCUGAGACUUGCGGAACUCAAAUAAUGACAUUCGCUCCAUCUGCAUCGCCAGGUAUUGAAACUACUAUCCAUUCGGUAAAUUGUUCCACUGGAACUGUAGACAUUUCACUGGAUUUCGGUUACAAUGUCACAGGUGCCAACUAUGGUGUGCAAGUUAAUGGCGUAGUUUACAAAUUGGGUGAUAUCUUGACAGUUGCCCAAAGAGCAUCAAUCAAUGUUCAAAUAAUAGGUCAAUAUAUCAAAUCCUACACUUAUAGUAUCCCUUCUUUCAGUUCAAACGUCACCUACACCAUCGAUACCUACCCAACAUGCUCAUCAAAUGGAUCCAUUACAUUCCAUUAUGCUGGUGGAAAUAUUUCCGAUAUUCAAGUCAACCAAGUUCCACUAAAAUUCAAUCAAAUGGAAUUCAAAUACAAUACCGGUUAUUCUGUUCAACCAUUGUGUGGAGAUCACUUCAAUAUCCGUUAUUCCAAUAGACCAUUGUAUUCGAUUGACGCAACCACCAACGAUUGUCUUGGAACCUAUUCAGUUGUCCUUCAAAAUUAUCAAUCUUUCAAAGAUAUAAUCUUACAAGAUGUAAGACUUAAUAUCAAUUAUACAUCUACAAAUGGAGUCUACAGCAAUGUAUUUGCUUCCGAUACACUUUCAUUUUUAUACCAAGAGAAAUCGGGUUGUUCCUAUACUUCUUUUGAUAUAGUUAAUCCACUUAAUAAUGCAGACACUUCAUCCUUUGAAGUCUAUCAACAAUUGACACAGAUCCCAACUUCUUGUAGUGAAAAAGUAUCUGUCAAUUUGCAAUUGGUAAACAAAGGAGUCAUUAUCCAGAAUGUAACUUUAGAUAAUGUUAAUAUUGGUGAAUCCUACACUCAUCAAUUUACCUAUGGUGUUUGUCCUCAACUUCAAUAUGAAUUUUAUAUUAAUGAUUCAAUUAGUUCCACAACAUAUAAGAUUUUGACACCAGCCGUUUGUAAAUAUUCACUUGCAACAAUUCAAUUGGAAUCAGUAAAUCUUUUAGAUUUGGACACUAUUUGGAUCGAUAAUAUUAAAGUUGCAAUCAAUAGUAAUAGUGCAACAUAUCAAAUUCCAAGUGGUCAACAUGUUGUAGAGCUCUUCUAUAAGAAUGCCAAAGGAGGUUGUACAACCAUUCUCAAUGUCGAUCUUCCUCAUACAAGUAAUAUAGAUUUGACUCCAACAAUUACCCACCAAAAUUCAUCAAACUGUGGCCAACCAACAGGAUCCAUUGUAUUUUCAAAUUAUCAGGAUUUUUCAGAAUUGGUUUUCGACUCAACCAACGCUACCGAUGGAUCUUUCAACAAACUUGAAAACGAUGAGUAUUUAAUCAAAUUUAAUCACUCUGUAUGUGGAGUUGGAAACAUACAAGUUAAAAUUAUAACGGAUGGUCAAAUCAAAAUGGAUGUAGUUCAACCUGCAACUUGCAAACCUAGUAGUGGACCAGCGGAUGGUAUCUAUAAAUUCUCUGGUUUUGACCAAUUAGGAAACCCCAUUCAAAAUAUCAAGAUUAACGAUAUUUAUUAUAUGCCUGGCAUACAAGUAAUGAUUAAUCAGCCUUAUGGUCAAAGUAACUAUUAUGUUCAAUCUGGAGACUUUUGUAGUUGGUAUGUUACUGGUGAUUUUGAACAACUUGAAAUUGAUCUGACAUAUUCAGAUAUCAAUUUAUAUUCAGGAUCGAUCUAUGGUACUUUCAAUUUUAAUACUAGUUCAUAUAUUAGAAUUGAAGAUUCACGGGUACCAGGCUUUAGUGGAAUCAUGCAGGUCAAUUACAAUGAUUUUUGCACAUUAAUUUCAUCAUUACCAUCGUUUCCUCCUCCCAAUUUCGAUAUUCAAAUGAUUAAGAAAUGUGGAUCGCUCGAUACCAAGUUCCAAGUUCCACAAAACGUUGUUGAUUCCUAUUAUAUCACAACAAGCAAUGGAAACUUGGAUGAACACAAUCAAGUUAAUGCUUAUGCUGGAUUGUAUAUUUAUUAUGUUUCAAAAGCAACAAGAAGAUAUUCCUACGGUUAUUAUGAAAGUUCCAAUGUUGAAUCAGCACCAACCAUUACAUACACCUACACCAAUGAAACAUGUUCGGGCAGUGGUGAUGCGACAAUCACUAUUACCAACCCAGAUCCAACAAUGAGCUAUAUACUUCACAACGAAGAAACAAUAACCGAUUAUCCACAACCUGUAAAUGGAAAAUGGAGCAAUCUUCCAUCGGGUCCUUACGAUAUCCUCUCUGUUAAGAACUCGGCGACUUCAUGUAGUUCCUCCCAAUAUAUCUAUGUCAGAAGUAAUUCACCAAUAGUACGUGCAUCAGUAAUCAAUCAGUGCUCUGCUACCCUUGGAUCUGUAACACUUUCCACUUUUAUCAAUAAUCAACAGACUACCAAUGUUGAAUAUUCUAUCAAUGGUACUCAGACAAAGUCAGCCACCAGUUUGUUCUCUGCUGGUCAAUAUUCUGUCAAGGCAUUCGUACAUGAAGGAAGCUGCAGACAAUUUGUCAAUAUGAACUUCCAAGUUCAAUCCAAUUUAAUCGAAACUCAAGUAGUAUCAUCGAUUUGUUCUACAGCAAGCAUUAUCGCCACUUCUGAAAUCGAAGGUCCACUUGUAAUCGGUUUAUAUAAUGUUACCAAUGGAAUCAAUUCAUUGGUUGGCCAAGAAAUAAGAGGAAACUCAGCAAACAUUACCAAUCUAUCAAACGGUUCCUACCAAUUCAAAAUUACAGAAUCUACUGGAUGUUCAAUCAAAACUGCAACAUUCAAUAUUAUCGACUGCUCAGCACCAACUGAAACACCUAAUAAUCAAUCAAAUCAACUGACCCCAUUCAGCUAUGUAUUUUUGGUAGUUGCAUCAUUGAUUUUGUUUUUGAAUAUCUAA